UGACAGUGUGUCCCUGUUGAGCGGCUGCACUGGAGCUUCUCUCUAGCGCUGCCGGUGGACAAUCAAACCCACACACCCACCUCUGUCUACACUCGCCUGUUCAACAUUUCUUACUUCUGCUAGAAAAAUACAUAGCUACAGCAAACCCCUGAGCUCUGAAUCGCAUCGCGGCGCAUCGUGAUACACCAGCAGCAAUAGCUCCAAAAGAAGCACAACAUGGAGUCCUCUCCAGAACCAGCGAGCGACCCGGGCAACGGCGUCUCAGAGCCGGUUACCCCGGUCAGGGAAACCCCGGUAAACCUGGAGACCCUCCGCAAAGCUGAGCACCAAGCCCCGGUGCGCCGGCAGAGCUGCUCCAGCACAAACAGAGGUAUUUCAGUAACAAAGAAGACACACACUUCUCAAAUCGAAAUAAUUCCCUGCAAGAUCUGUGGAGACAAAUCAUCAGGCAUCCAUUAUGGCGUGAUAACGUGUGAGGGCUGCAAGGGUUUCUUCAGGAGGAGUCAGCAGAGCAAUGCGGCGUACUCAUGCCCGCGUCAGAAGAACUGCCUGAUUGACCGCACCAGCCGGAACCGCUGCCAGCACUGUAGGCUGCAGAAGUGUCUGACCGUGGGCAUGUCACGUGACGCGGUGAAGUUUGGCCGGAUGUCAAAGAAACAGCGGGACAGCCUCUAUGCGGAAGUGCAGAAACACCGGCUCCAGCAGCAACAGCGGGACCACCAGCAGCAGCCCGGUGAGGCAGAGCCCCUUACCCCAACCUACGGCCUCUCCACCAAUGGCCUGACCGAGCUCCACGAUGACCUGAGCGGCUACAUGAACGGCCACACGCCCGACGGCACCAAGCCCGACUCGGGCGUCAGCAGCUUUUACCUGGACAUCCAACCCUCGCCCGACCAGUCCGGCCUGGACAUCAACGGCAUCAAGCCAGAACCCAUCUGCGACUUUACCCCGGGCUCGGGCUUCUUCCCCUACUGUUCCUUCACAAAUGGGGAGACAUCCCCCACCGUUUCCAUGGCCGAGUUGGCAUUUCUGUAAUCAUAAAUGAAUCCGCCGAACAUUUCCAAGUCCCACAUGGAGACGUGUCAGUACCUGAGAGAAGAACUUCAGCAGAUGACCUGGCAGACGUUCCUUCAGGAGGAGGUGGAGAGCUACCAGAGCAAGCCCAGAGAAGUCAUGUGGCAGUUGUGUGCCAUUAAAAUCACAGAGGCCAUUCAGUAUGUGGUGGAGUUUGCCAAGCGCAUCGAUGGCUUCAUGGAGCUCUGUCAGAAUGAUCAGAUAGUGCUUCUCAAAGCAGGCUCUUUGGAGGUGGUGUUCGUCAGAAUGUGCCGUGCCUUCGACCCUCAGAACAGCACAGUCUAUUUCGACGGAAAGUAUGCGGGGCCUGAUGUCUUUAAGUCAUUAGGUUGUGACGACUUGAUCAGCUCUGUCUUCGAGUUUGGGAAAAACUUGUGUUCUAUGCACCUCUCUGAAGACGAGAUCGCCCUGUUCUCCGCCUUCGUGUUGAUGUCUGCAGAUCGAUCCUGGCUCCAGGAGAAGGUGAAGGUGGAGAAACUCCAGCAGAAGAUCCAGCUGGCCCUCCAACAUGUUCUACAGAAGAACCAGAGAGAGGACGGCAUACUGACAAAGUUAAUAUGCAGAGUCUCCACACUGCGAGCCCUGUGCAGCCGGCAUACAGAAAAGCUGACGGCGUUCAAAGCAAUAUACCCAGACAUUGUUCGCACCCACUUCCCCCCCUUGUACAAGGAGUUGUUCGGAUCAGACUUUGAGCAGUCCAUGCCCGUUGACGGGUAGCGCUUCCCCGCUCCCACCCCGCCCGGGAGAAUUUACACCGUGGGGAAUGUCAAGCAUAAAUCUGAGACACUUUAGCAGUGCCCUGCACAUACACACACCUGGACGGACGACACACUGCACACACACACUUUUCCCCUUUUUUUUCUUUGUGAUUUUUUAUUUUUUUCGUGAGGGAGGAGGUAGUAGACUGGGUUUGACUCCAGUGGUUUAUUUUUGGGGUUUGUUCCCUCCUUUUACUGACACAGGUGGGAUUCGGAGCCCAGGGGAGAGGAUAAGAAGAUGAAGACACUUGUUUUUCCCGAACGCUCCCUCGCUCUCUUUCUCUCUCUGGCUGAACCUGAAGAGUCCACACAUUCAUUUUCGAGAACGGUCCCAUGGCGAUUUGUCACAAUCAGCAUAAAUUGUUUCCAAAAUGGAAAAACGAGUCCCGGAGAGCCCUUUCCAAGCCAAGGACAUGAAAUAAAAAGUUGCGAUCAAGAAGUCGAUUAUCCGAACUGUUCCAGCAGUUGUUGUAGCAUCAAAAAAGUCUACGUAGAAAAAUACAUUGUUAGCUCCUUCCGCUCUGUUUUUUCUUUUUCUUUUUUUGAGAUGUCAAACCAGCACUGAAUGAAGAAGAAUACGAAGUGAGAGAGAAAGAGAGAUAUGGAGAAGGAGUGUGAUGUAGAGUCAACACACAACAUCACCUUUCUACGGACAAUUGA